CUUCGCUCAGUCAAGACUCAAACAGAGAGAGAGAGAGAGAGAGAAGGCAAAAAUGGAGCUGGCUGAAACAGGCGACCAGCAGCAGCAUCCACUGCCAGCUGCGUCCGUCGCCGCACCGCCAACGCCCUCCCCCGCGCGACGCAUCCGCAUGCUCGAUCCCGGCGUUGUGAAUCGGAUUGCUGCAGGAGAGGUCAUUCAGCGCCCUUUCAACGCGCUGAAAGAGCUCAUGGAAAACUCGCUGGACGCGGGCGCCACCUCGAUCGUCAUGAGUGUCAAGGCUGGCGGAAUGAAGUUGAUGCAAAUUGCAGACAAUGGCUCAGGCAUUCAUCUCGACGACCUCGAUCUCGUGUGCGAGCGCCACACAACCUCCAAGCUCGAGAGAUUUGACGAUUUAAAGUCGAUUGCCACGUUCGGUUUCCGUGGCGAGGCUCUUGCUAGUGUGACGCGUGUCGCGCAUGUCUCCAUCAUCAGCAAGACGGCCGAUGCCAAGUGUGCAUACAAGGCACAUUACGCUGACGAAAAGCUCGUUCCACCAACUGCUUCAGACACGAACGCGCGACCAAGGCCAUGUGCUGGCAACAAGGGAACAAUCAUAACGGUGGAAGACCUGUUUUACAACAUCAGCACUCGCCGAAAAGCACUCAAGAGUCCCGCAGAAGAGCACGCCAAAAUAGUUGAUGUUGUUGGCAAAUACGCCAUCCAUAAUUCUGGCGUGAGUUUUACGCUCAAAAAGCAUGGCGAAACCACUGCUGCAGACGUCCGAACAGCUGCCGGUGGCACACGAAUCGACGCUGUGCGUGCCAUCUACGGUGCGCAGGUUGCACGGGAGCUGCUGGAACUGGACGGGACCGAGCCAAAGCUCGAUCUCGUUGUCAAGGGUUUGGUUUCCAACGCAGACUACUCGAUGCCGAGAGGCACCUUUAUAUUUUUCAUUAAUCAUCGCCUCGUGGACUGUCCAUCUAUUCGCAAGGCAAUCGAGACCGUGUACGCCGCGUAUCUGCCCAAAAAGACCUUCCCUUUUGUCUAUCUGUCACUGCUGAUGCCCGGGCAAAAUGUGGACGUGAACAUUCACCCCACCAAGAAGGAGGUGCAUUUUCUUCACGAAGAUGUCGUGGUCGAGACGGUGCAGAAGAUGCUUGAGGCCAAGCUGCUCGGCUCGAACGCGUCGCGCACGUUUUACACGCAGGCAUUGCUACCGGGAGCAAUUGCCCCUGCGACGCUGGCUGCGGCUUCGUCCUCAUCUUCGUCGCAUGCCCUCUCGUCGUCGGCGUCGAGUUUGCUUGCGGGCGCGAGUGGCAGCAGCAGUAGUAGUAGUGCGCAGGCAUCAGCCGCUGCUCGCUCAUACGCGCAUCAACUCGUUCGCACAGACAAUCGCAUGCAGACGUUGGAUGCGUUCAUGGCCCCAGCGCCGCGCAUGCCACCCAAUCGAGUGACUUUAUUAUCGACCGCGGGGACAACGUCCUCUUCGGCACCUGCUCCAUCAGGGCUCUUUUCUAGCUCCGCGGCUGCUCCUGCUCGACAGCAACCGUCUAUCCAGUCUUUUCUCGCGCCCAUCGCUCAACCUGAAGGAGAUCAUGCUCUUGUCACCGAAGAUGCGGAGGAGGAAGAGGUGGCUGCUUCUGCUUCUGCUUCCGACCACAUCUCCAUUACCUCUUCUUCUGCUGCUAGUGUGGAGCCUUCGUCGUUAGCGGCAGCUUCGACUCCAGUUGCAGCAGAGUCGGCUGCUGGCACUGUGACAACUCUAACGAAGAAAAAGCUGCUCAAUAUUCGGAGGCGCCCCGUCCACUUGACCAGUGUUCGCAACCUGCUAUCCCACGUCGAGCAGACGUCGACCGAAGGUCUUGUGCAAAUGUUUCAACGCCACUCGUUUGUGGGUUGUGUCAAGCCAACUUUGUCCCUGAUGCAAUACUCGACGAAUCUUUAUCUUGUCAAUGUUGCCAAGCUCAGCUGGCAUCUCUUCUACCAGAUUGUGCUGCGAGAGUUUUCAAACUUUGGGACAAUUCGCCUCAAUCCGUCGCCACUCCUAUACGACGUGUUGAUGCUGGCGUUAGACGAUCCCGAGAGCGGCUGGUCACCCGAGGAUGGCGACAAGGACGAGCUAGCAACGUUUAUGGUGUCGUUUUUCUCGGAGCGCGCCGAAAUGUUGCAAGAUUACUUUUCAAUUCAGGUGGACGGUGAAGGACGACUCGUCACCAUUCCUGCAUUGCUGGACGACUUUGUCCCGGAGCUGGAUCGUAUUCCAUUGUUCUUUUUGCGACUGGCCACGGAGGUCAACUGGGAUGAGGAAGAGGCCUGCUUUGAAGGAGUUGCGCGGUUGAUUGCUGCCCUCUUUGCCGUACAGCCCGCCGCAAACCCGCUGGCGGACGAAAUCCCAGAGGAUUUGCACAGCAACAGCGACAUUGCCAUGUCGCACGCAAGAUGGCAGUGGACCGUGGAGCAUGUACUCUUCCCUGCCUUCCGUACCAUGUAUCCACCUGCCGGGUUUGCAUCAGACGGGACUAUUCUUCAGAUUGCCAAUCUAACGGAUCUUUACAAGGUGUUUGAGCGAUGUUGAUUUGAGUACACGGGUUAUGAUGGAGAUCGUGAUGAUGAUGCUGUUUUGCAUUGUUUACUCUUGCGCUACGUUCUAAAUUUCACUGCUCCAUGCGUCAAAAUGUAUAAACCGUCAUGCCACCGUCGACACUCAUGGUUUGGCCAGUCACGAAG